AUGUCUGCUAUCCCCUCUUCCUCCCAGUCGCAUCGGUCUGCCCACCGUCCGACUUCUGGACCACCUUCCAGCUCCUCUGGCUCAGCGCAAAGACGGACAAAAGUGAAAGGUGCGAAGGAUAAGAAACGGCCUGCUCGGGCGGGAGCGUUGAGGGACGUCACGAACUCCCAUACGAACUCGCUUUCCCAUUCCCAGACGAGGAAGAAGCCCAGAUCAGAAGCUCAAACUCCGAUCUGUGCCAGUUCAGAGCAGGAAGAUGCACUGGAGGGGAUGAUACUUGACGAAGGAUUUUUUGACUGGAGGCCCUCCCCCGAGAGUACACCGCUCAAGCCUAAGCUCGGGCGGAUACCCUCCGGGGUGAAAGACGAGGGGAGGGAGAACUCGUUCUCUACUCCCGGGGGGAGGGAGAUGAAGCAAGAGAAGGAGGUCAAGCUCGAAGAGGAGAAGACCGACGAGGAUGUGAAGAGGCUCCUUGAGGGCGCGGAACAUUGGGAUUGGGGGGACAUGCUCAGUUCUCCCGUGAAGGCCGAGCCUCUGCUCAAGCUCGAGCUCGGGGAGAAACUGUUCCGUGACCCCUGUACCCGGUGCGUGGUCGAAUCCUCUACCGUCACCUCGGGGAAACGCGAACAACACGUCCAAGCGCGAAUCGACCAUACCUCUUCCCGCAUCCUCCUAAUCCUGAGGGACGACUGGUCCUUCCUCCCUCUUCACGCCGGAGAUACGCUAAACGUCCACGCUCCCCUGCUCCCUCCUCCUUCCACCCACUCCCCUGAUCUGCCUACCAUUGUUGUCAGUGCUAGCCAGGGCAUGGUCGUCCACCACCCCGAUGUGCUCUUACCACCAACGAUGGUGAGCACCGCCAGCCAAUGCACGCGCAAGCCGCUCGUCUCCGCCCUCCUCAGGAGCUCACCGCAAGGCGGCGAAGGAGGGGCCAAAGUCGUCCUCUGGGGAAACCUGCUGCACGAAGUCGUACAACGCUGUAUGACCGCUUCUGCCCCUCCGACAUCAGGCGCAGCGCACGCCUGGACACCGGACCUCAUCGAUCACCAUCUUCGCUCUGUACUGUAUUCGAGGACGGGUGUGGAAGGCUGUUUCCGCGCGGGAGUGACGGUGGACGAAGCGCUCUCCGAACUGAGGCGGCGUUCUUCAGGCCUUAUCGAGUUCUCGAAACGGUUCAUGCGUGCCGAGCCCUCUUCAGAUGGGGUGCUGAAGGUCGAUGCGCAAGAGGGAGAGACGUGGUUGGCUCUCCGGCGUACCAGAGGGGUGGAGGAAGAUGUUUGGUCGCCCUCCUGGGGUUUGAAGGGAAAAGUGGACGCCAGUGUCCAAGUUUCACUCUCGACCCCCAAGGCUGGGUUCUUCGAUAGCCGGACUAAGGGGGAGAGGCAGGUUAGGAAGGGGACGAUGCCCUUUGAGAUCAAGACUGGAAGACCGGGGCGGGGCGUGGAGCAUAGAGCACAGACGAUGCUUUAUACGCUUCUGUUGGGGGAACGAUAUGAGGAAGAAAUCCCCAGCGGACUGUUAUAUUACACCCAAAGCGCAGAAGUCAUCCAAGUCUCUGCAAAGCGUAACGAGCUCCGGGCGCUGCUCAUGGCCAGAAACGACCUAGCAGAAUGGACGAUGGGGCAAAACGAUGGCGAAGCGCGCGAGCAAGCAAUCGAGGUCGAGCUCGGAGACGUGGAGGAAAUGGCCUUCCUCCCUGAGCCGCUGGACGACCCCUGGUCUUGUGGAAAAUGUUAUGCUCUAGACGGGUGCAUGCUCUAUCGACGAACGCACGACCCGCUCCCCGUCCCUUCCGAUAUGGAAGACCUCUUCGUGCAGAAGACGUCGCAUAUCUCGUCCAGGCAGGCGACGUUUUUCCGCACCUGGGAGAGGCUCGUCUCCCUCGAAGAGAACGAUAUGAACCGAUUCCGAGCUGAGCUGUGGACGAUGACUGCCCAAGCUCGGGAGAGCGCCGGGCGGUGUUUUGCCGAUAUGGUGGUUAUCCCGCUCCGAGAGGAGGAUAAGAGGUUCCUGGAGGGAGACAGGAAGAUCCAUACUCAUACCGCGAGGUUCGUCAAGCGAGCCACGAUCACCCAGAGGGGAGAGACACUCCUCAACGGCCAUAUUUCCGUCGGGGAUCCCGUGGUCGUCUCCGCUGAUCCUGGCCUGCUGGCUCUGGCACGAGGGUUCGUGUUGAGCCUUUCCCCGGACGCGGUUGUUCUCGGGUUGGAUCAUGCUGUGGAUGAGGAAGCGCUCAAGGAGCUUCCGAUCAAGGACGUUGCAGACCUUGUUUGGCGGAUUGAUAAGGAUGAGUUGUCGACCGGGAUCUCGAGGCUGAGGGAUAACCUCGCCCAGUUGUUUUAUGCGAGCGGAGACGAGCGCCGGCGUUCGCUCGUCGUCGACCUCGAUCCCCCGACAUUCGCCUCAAACCCGGCAUUCGACCCUUCCGAGCUGUCCUCGGCACUCAACGCCCCUCAGCGGACUGCGAUAGCCAAAGUCGCGGCUGCGAAGGAUUAUGCGCUCAUCCUUGGCAUGCCCGGGACGGGCAAGACGAGCACGAUCGCUGAGAUUAUCCGGAUGCUCGUGCGCCAGGGCAAGAGCGUGCUGCUCACGAGCUAUACCCACUCCGCGGUGGACACGAUCCUCCUCCGUCUUGGUGAAGUCGACUUUGACGUCCUCCGGCUAGGGAAUACCGACAAGGUCCAUCCUGAUUUGAAGAAAUACACCCUUGCCGCUCGACCCCAAGCGACCACUGUGCAGCAGCUUGAGAAUCAACUGCUCCUCCCGCCUGUGGUAGCUACCACAUGCCUGUCAAUUGACCACCCGCUCUUUGCUCGAAGGAAGAAUCGGGCAGCCCGCAAGGGAGGGCUGGACGUCUCGCUCUUCAGGCGUUUAUCGGAUGCGCACCCCGAGGCGGUGGUCGAUUUGACCCUCCAGUACAGGAUGAACGAGGACAUCAUGCUUUUAUCCAAUCGGCUGAUUUACAACGACCGUCUUCAAUGCGGCUCGGAGGAGACAGCUCGCCGCUCAUUGGUGCUGAAGGACAAAUCGCCCUUGGCAGCAUUGCACACUGGCGGCCCGUGUGAUGGCUGCUGGCUCGAAGCUCUGCUGGACGAGCGCUGCAAGGCUGUCUUCGUGGACACCGAUCUCCUGCCUGCUCGUGACUCGCGUGUUGGCGAUCUGGUCCAGAACGAAAUCGAAGCCUCCAUUGUCGCGCAGCUGGCCAAUGUGCUCAUUGCAUGUGGCUUACGGCCUAUGGACAUUGGCAUCCUGUCCCUUUAUCGUCAGCAGAUCAAACUCAUAUCCCAUCUCUUGCGUUCCGCCCCUGGAGUGGAGAUACUCACCGCUGACAGAUCACAAGGCCGUGAUAAAGAAUGCAUCCUGAUCAGUAUGGUGCGCUCCAAUGAGACGGGCGAGCUGGGGGAGCUUCUGAAGGACUGGCGGAGGCUGAACGUUAGCUUCACCCGGGCAAGGAGCAAGCUGGUCAUCGUUGGCUCGCGGAAUACGUUGGGCGGGACGCUCUUGAUGCGAGAGUUUUUUGAUCUGAUGACGGAGAAGGGAUGGAUAUAUGCGCUCAAGCCGGGGGCACAUCUGUUGCACGCUGAACAACUGGGUUGUCCGUCUCUGCCGCCGAUGUUGAAACGGCUCUCUGAAGAGCCAGAGAACGAGAACGAAGAGAGAAAGAGUGGGACACCUCCUAAGAAGGUGAAGGUUGAGGCCCACUCGCUCUCUCCGGCCAAGCGCGCAAUUCUGAGCGAUAUCAUCAACGCACUCUGA